CAGCCACACACAGGAGACAUGGAGCUCAGCACUGCCUGCUCUGUCUGCUGAUUUCCUGGACUUGGCUAUUAAAGAUCUUGAUCUACGAGGACGAAGGUGCAUUCUGUCAUGCGGUUCAGCAACUGUAGCAUAAUACUCUAUUAUUAGAAAGUGAAUGCUUGAAGCAGCCUUAGCAUUGUGUCUACUUUUCGAACAUUCUUGAAACCAUGAGUGGGUUCCUCUCCUAUCUGGACCCAAGGAGAAUUCCAUGGGGAGCCACAUGGCACGCAGUCAAUGCACGGAUUCUACGCACCAAACCCGUGGAGUCAAUGCUGGAAGGGACUGGGAGUACAACUGCUCAUGGAACCAAGCUAGCUCGGGUACUUACUACAGUGGACCUAGUCUCCCUCGGUGUCGGGAGCUGUGUUGGCACAGGCAUGUAUGUCGUGUCGGGACUGGUUGCCAAAGAAAUGGCCGGACCUGGAGUCAUUGUCUCCUUUAUAAUUGCAGCUGUGGCAUCAAUAUUAUCAGGUGUAUGCUAUGCUGAAUUUGGAGUCCGCGUUCCCAAAACCACUGGUUCUGCUUACACAUAUAGCUAUGUCACAGUUGGUGAAUUUGUGGCAUUUUUCAUUGGCUGGAAUUUAAUUCUGGAGUAUCUGAUUGGCACAGCAGCGGGAGCUAGUGCCCUCAGCAGUAUGUUUGAUUCCCUCGCAAAUCACUCAAUCAGUAACUGGAUUAUUCACAGUGUGGGGACACUGAAUGGAUUGGGUAAAGGUGAGGAAUCAUACCCAGACCUUCUCGCCCUGGUGAUAGCUGUUAUUGUGACAAUAAUUGUCACUCUUGGAGUAAAGAAUUCGGUUGGAUUUAAUAACGUACUGAAUGUAAUAAACCUGGCUGUGUGGGUUUUUAUCAUGAUUGCAGGACUUUUCUUUGUCAACGGCAAGAACUGGUCAGAAGGGAAUUUCCUCCCCCAUGGAUGGUCAGGGGUAUUGAAAGGCGCAGCGACUUGCUUUUAUGCCUUUAUUGGAUUUGAUAUCAUUGCAACCACAGGAGAAGAAGCAAAGAGCCCGAACACGUCGAUCCCGUAUGCAAUCACUGCUUCCCUGAUCACGUGUUUAACAGCAUAUGUGUCUGUAAGCGUUAUAUUAACGUUGAUGGUGCCAUACAAUAUGAUUGAUACAGAAUCCCCUCUAAUGGAGAUGUUUGUAGCUCAUGGCUUUUACACCGCAAAGUUUAUUGUAGCCAUUGGAUCUGUGGCAGGUCUCACUGUCAGCCUUUUUGGAUCACUGUUUCCAAUGCCCAGAGUAAUUUACGCAAUGGCUGGUGAUGGCCUUUUAUUCAGGUUUUUGUCCCACGUCAGUUCCUAUACCGAAACUCCAGUAGUGGCUUGCAUUGUCUCUGGAUUCCUUGCCGCUCUCCUGUCUCUUUUGGUCAGUCUUCAGGACCUGAUUGAAAUGAUGUCAAUUGGCACUUUGUUAGCAUACACUCUGGUCUCAGUUUGUGUAUUAUUAUUGCGUUAUCAGCCUGAGAGUGACAUUGAUGGAUUUGUCAAGUUUCUCUCCGAAGAACACACCAAGAAGAAAGAAGGAAUCCUUGCAGACUGUGAGAAGGAGGCAUGUUCACCGAUGAGUGAUGGAGAAGAAUUUUCAAGUCCAGCUACAAACACAUGUGGUGCAAAGAAUCUGCCUUCUCUUGGAGACAAUGAAAUGCUGAUUGGUAAAUCAGAUAAGUCAAAUUACAAUGUAAACCAUCCAAAUUAUGGAACAGUUGAUAUGACAUCAGGAAUUGAAGCUGAUGGAUCUGAAAACAUCUAUCUUAUUAAGCUGAAGAAACUUAUAGGUCCACGUUAUUAUACAUUGAGGAUUCGCCUUGGAUUACCUGGAAAGAUGGACCGCCCAACUGUUGCUACUGGUCGUACAGUCACUAUUUGUGUUAUGCUUCUAUUUGUCUUGGUCUUCAUCUUCUGCUCUUUUAUUAUAUUUGGUGCAGACUAUGUGUAUGAUCAAGUGUGGUGGGCAGUCUUAAUAGUCGUAUUGAUGGUACUGCUGAUCAUUGCCUUGGUCUUUGUAAUCCUACAACAACCAGAGAACCCCAAAAAACUGCCUUAUAUGGCACCAUGUGUCCCAUUUGUGCCUGCAUUUGCCAUGCUGGUAAAUACAUAUCUCAUGCUGAAAUUGUCAUCCAUUACCUGGAUCCGGUUUGCUGUCUGGUGUUUUGUUGGUUUGCUUAUCUAUUUUGGUUAUGGUAUGUGGAACAGUACCUUAGAGAUCAGCGCACGGGAGGAGGUGUUACACCAGAGUACAUAUCAGCGCUACGAUGUGGAUGACACCUUCUCAGUAGACGAUGGGUUCUCCUAUGCUCCUGAAGAAGAAGCAUAUCAGGACUGGGAAGCCGGAGGCACGAAAGGCUACUAUCAGCAUUCAGCAGAGACACAUGACAGCAACCGGACAAAUAGUAGAUCCAAAAGCAAAGGGAAGCACAAACAGGACCCUGGUGCACUGAUUGCCAACGACGAGCUAGACUACCCUGAAGAAUAAAGGCAAAUCUUUUGUGUUUGUGAACCACUGUAACGUUGGCCCAAGAUAUGACAGCUUCUGGGGCUCUGUGUAGGGAUUUCUUUCUGUCUCUCACAGUUUACUGCUUAUUACGUUGCAAGAAAGUGUUUAAACAGAUUUCUGAUCAUUUCUCCAUUUUCAUACAUUUUUGGAUUGAAUUAUGUAUCCUUUCAAGUCAUUGAAUGUUAAUUUAAAUUGUUCCAGUUUAAGCCGACACUGUUUUUCCUUGUUUACUAUAAAAUCUUAUGUAGAACGUUGAGUUCUACUAGAAGCAGCCUGGGUACAACAUUCUAUAGGUGACAAGUUAUAUGUAAUAGAGCUCAUAUACACGGACAGAAAAAGGGGAAGCCUAGGGAUAGCAGGAAGAUUUUGAUGGUUUAUGGAGGAAGGAAGAGGGUACAUAGGACAUUUUUAUUAAACAAUAGCAAGGGAGAGAAGAUAAACUAAGGAAGUGCUAUAUGUGUUGAUGUUGAAAAUGAAAUGUUCUUCAAAACGAAAAGGCAUUGCACUGUAUAGAAAGAGUUAAGCUGUAUUAGCCAGGGGUAGAGUACAAUUUCUGGGCAAGGAGUGUGAGUUUGCCCAGAAGGGAGACAUGUCUGGGAGAGGAACUUUUUAUUUCUUUUUAAAAACAUGAAAGGAAAUUAGUAUAUUAGCAAGAAUUUCAGAGGAACAUUUUUUAAAAUAAUGAAAUGAGCGUUGUUUAAUAACAUGGAAAAGGAACUGUUGAGUUGCAUGAGAGAGAAGACAUGUUUGAAGACGAGACAUACCCCAUGGACCUCAGAACACUGGGGAGGACUGCUGGACACAGAUAAUGGGCAGAAGAUAUUAACAUGCUAUACACUAUAGCAGGCAUAGGCAAGCUUUAGCACUCCAGAUGUUUUGGACUACACCUCCCAUGAUGCUUUACCAGCAUUAUGAGUGUAAGAGAAUUAGUCCACAACAUCUGGAGUGCCGAAGGUUGCCUAUGCCUGCACUAAAGUGAGAAUUAAAAGUGAGUUAAAAUUUAAGGCCAUAUUAGCCAAACUGAAAACAUAGUUCCCCUUAAACGUUUUUUCAGUUCAGCAAUUUUUACCUUAAAUUUGAAAUUCACCUUGAGGUCACUUUGAAUUCUCACUUUAGUAAAUACCACUGUCAGUAGUGUUAAGGGUCUACCACCAGGACCGUCACAAUAUGAAUUACUUCUUGCUGUGUCCUCUUUCUCAGUAGGGUCGAAAAAACAAAAUUAUGGGUUUUGGAGGAGUUUUGGGAGCAGCAUGUUCUUUGUGAUCUUUAGAAAUUCCCAAUUAGAAUAGUUUGGGUGUGUACAGUAUGUGCAUAAUUAAAUAUAUAUACAACAGUAGCCUGAGAUGCUUCCAGAUAAUAUAUU